AUGGUUCACCUGUCUGGCUCUCUACUGGGUUGUGCGCUCCUCUUGGUCAGUGAUAAUGCGCUUCAAGCACUGGGUGUGGUUCUCAGCCGUGCAGAGAUUCGGUCACAACUCGCUCUAUUGAAUACCACGGUUGACGGACGUUUGCAUGAAGCCGUUCCUUGGGAGCUUCCAUGUUUCUCCGAGUACAAUGGCGAGUCGGCGAUACCAGACGAAGCAGCAUGUGCAGCUAUCCAGGCCAACUACACGUCUCCCUUUGAGCGCGUGCAGCAUUUCGGCACAUACAUGAUGCCACAAUGGGGUACAUGCCAAGUGACGAGGCCUACUGGGGAAUGCCUGCUCAACGUCACCAACCCUGAGGAUUCCGCUGCUUAUACGGGCGUCAACUGUAGUAAUGGUGACAUCCCUUCUUACUAUGUCGACGUGCGGUACCCUGCGGAUGUUCAGGCUGUGAUUGCGUUUUCGAACGCGACUGGUGUACGGCUGUCCGUGAAGAACAAGGGACAUGACUACAAAGGCAGAUCAAGCGGCAAGAACACUUUGUCGCUUUGGGUUACGAACCUCAACACGAUAACCCAUGAUACCUCUUUCACGCCUGAGGGAUGCACAACCAGCUAUGAUGCUCUGACAAUCGGGCCCGGGGCAAUUACGGAGGACAUUCUCGAGUACGUGGACAGCAUCAAUCGGACCUUCGUUGGUGGGUACCAUCAAACCGUCGGUGCCGGAGGGGGCUACUUCCUGGGCGGCGGUCAUAGUGUAUUGUCCCCGGUCUACGGUUUGGCUGUUGAUCGAGUGGUUCAAGCGAAGGUUGUCACCCCCGAGGGACUCUAUCUCGUCGCCAACGAGUGUCAGAACUCGGACCUCUUCUUCGCGCUCCGUGGAGGAGGAGGAAGUGCCUUUGGUGUGGUCAUCGAGUCCACGCACCGGCUAGAGCCGCAGCUGACGUUGCAAGUCGCGUCGAUUAGCUUCGUUGGUCACUCGAACUCGAGAAACCUCGCGCAGUGGUACAGCCUCCUGGUGAACGAGACAUACAAGUGGGGCACCGAAGGCUGGGGCGGUCAUAUCACGGGUCCUUCCUUGAUCUACGUGACGCCGCUGCUCAGUAACGCAGAAGCUCACGCCUCCAUGCAAGCCACCGCCGAGUUCGCCCUUGCCCAGGGUGGCACGGCGGUCGUCGAGGAGGUGCCAUCCUACCUCGCGUUUUUCAGCAAAUAUGUCCCAACUGCUGAAGCUGGUGUUGGUACGGAGAUAACACUGGGCACGCGACUGCUUUCUACCUCGCUCUUCGCUACCGAGGAAGGGCGUGCUACGCUAUCGAAGACGAUCGCGAACGUGCUUUCGUUCGCGAGUCCGUACAUCGUCGCGGGAACGCCAUUCCUGUUCAACCACACGGUAGGGUCGACAAGUGUCACGCCGGCGUGGUACGACUCUCUUUGGCACCUUUCUGUGCACGGCAACUGGGUGUGGAACAGCACUGCAGAGGACAUCGCGGAUCAAUACGAGGCUGUGACGCAGCACACACAGACGUUCAGAGACAUCACACCGGGCAGUGGGGCAUACUUCAACGAAGGAGAUGUAUACGAGCCUGAGCAUACUGAAGCAUACUGGGGCUCGAACUACGCGAAGCUGCUCUCCAUCAAGCAGAAAUAUGAUUCUCAUGGUGUUCUGGAUUGUUGGCAGUGCGUUGGCUGGAAAGGCCCCUCGGACCCACUCUACGAAUGCUAUAUCCCACUAUCCCAAUCAUCAUAA